AAGCGCGCUGUUUCACAAUCUGAAGCUUGUAUGUAUAUGUGCAUUAUAUAUAAUGGUUGUUUGUAAAGGGUACCUUCACUGCAGGACGCUUUGGAAUGUAAAUUUGUAGGUCGAGUUUACGACUUUUUUCUUAUCCGAUCCUUACCUCAUUCAUCUGGCUACUUCUUUGUGAUUGUCUUUAAUGAAGCUUAUAAAUGGCAAAAAGCAAACAUUCCCAUGGUUUGGUAUGGAUAUUGGUGGAACCCUGGUUAAGUUGGUCUACUUUGAACCGAAAGAUAUUACAGCCGAAGAGGAACAGGAGGAAGUAGAAAACCUGAAAAGCAUCCGGAAAUAUUUGACUUCUAAUACGGCAUAUGGAAAAACUGGGAUCCGAGAUGUCCACCUGGAACUGAAAAACCUGACCAUGUGUGGGCGCAAAGGGAACUUGCACUUCAUCCGCUUUCCCACCUGUGCCAUGCACAGGUUCAUCCAGAUGGGCAGCGAGAAGAACUUCUCCAGCCUUCACACCACACUCUGUGCCACGGGAGGUGGGGCUUUCAAGUUUGAAGAAGACUUCAGAAUGAUUGCUGACCUACAGCUCCAUAAACUGGAUGAAUUGGACUGUCUGAUUCAGGGCCUGCUUUACGUCGACUCCGUGGGCUUCAAUGGCAAGCCAGAAUGUUACUAUUUUGAAAAUCCUACAAAUCCUGAAUUGUGUCAAAAAAAGCCAUACUGCCUUGAUAACCCCUACCCUAUGUUGCUGGUUAACAUGGGCUCAGGUGUCAGCAUUCUAGCUGUGUACUCCAAGGACAACUAUAAAAGAGUUACAGGGACCAGUCUUGGAGGUGGAACAUUCCUAGGCCUAUGUUGCUUGCUGACUGGUUGUGAGACCUUUGAAGAAGCUCUGGAAAUGGCAGCUAAAGGCGACAGCACCAAUGUUGAUAAGCUGGUGAAGGACAUUUACGGAGGAGACUAUGAACGAUUUGGUCUUCAAGGAUCUGCUGUAGCAUCAAGCUUUGGCAACAUGAUGAGUAAAGAGAAGCGGGAUUCCAUCAGCAAGGAAGACCUCGCCCGGGCCACUUUGGUCACCAUCACCAACAACAUCGGCUCCAUCGCACGCAUGUGUGCACUCAAUGAGAAUAUUGACAGAGUUGUGUUUGUUGGGAAUUUUCUCAGAAUCAAUAUGGUCUCCAUGAAGCUGCUAGCAUAUGCCAUGGAUUUUUGGUCCAAAGGACAGCUGAAAGCUCUAUUUUUAGAACAUGAGGGUUAUUUUGGAGCUGUUGGGGCACUGUUGGAACUGUUCAAAAUGACUGCUGAGUAGAGAGGAAACAACCUCCUGGGAGGACAAAAAACUGACAGUUACUGCCAAGAAGGUGAAAUCACCUGGGGACAGAAGCCAAGCCAUUGUGGCAGAUGAACCUGCUGGAUUUGUAAAUAGUUUAAAAUUCCUCUAACUAAUCUUUUACUCUUCUUAGGUUUUGAGCUUAUGAUUCAAAAUGGGGUAUAUAAGAGUUUUUUCUGUAUAUUGUAUUUUUAAAAAAAAAAUUGUGCAGUGUGGCCAAACCUACCAAUUUUUUGCAUUAUCUUUGCAAAUGAUGUAUGAUGUCUAAGAAGGACCUGAAAUGUAAACACUGUUCAUUUUUCUUCUGGGGUUUACUGAUCAGUGUGGUAAUUUUAACUUCAUUUAGUAAUUACUCUAGGAGAUUUUACCCUUACUUAUAUUUUUCAUGACGUUUCAUGAUUUACUGUUGGUUUCAAAUGAAACUACAAAUCUGGCAUGUUUUACUGUGAACACUUUUGUUUGUUUACCCUUUUCUGUCCUUUCUGUUUAAAUGUCAUAUAUAUAUGUGUGUAUGAGUCCGUCCUCCUGUUUUUACCCUCUGACGAUCUCCCUCUCCUCUACCCAUAACCUUAAUGUAGUUAUUCGUAUAAAUCAAGGUGCUGACCAAUUCAAUACAAAGUUAAACACAUAAUCUAAAGAUCUCAAAAGUGCCCAUGAAGAGAAGGCUCUGAAAGGGUUAAUGAAUUUAAUGAGUCUGGCAAAAGUUGGAAAAUUGUAUGCAAUUUUGUCUUAUCCCUUAUAAAUAUAGGGUCUCAUCAGAUGUAUGCUUUGCUUUGUAAUAUUAAAUUGAAAUAUUCUAUGGUGAAAUGUCCUCGGCUAUCUCUACCAUAUGAAUGGCAGCAAAGUCUUAUGCCAGAAGUUUGGGAACUUAUUGGGGAAUGUCUCCCAGUAAGUGACCUGUUCCUGUCAAAUAUAGGAAAAGUCAUGAGUUGAGGUAUCAGGUAGCAAUAACUACCUGUUUUGUACAUGUGUGUACGUAGGAGCUUUGUAACAAGACAUCUUAAAUAGUAAUGUUAUUUUUUCAUUUUUAAUAUUUUAAUCUGAAAACUGUACUUUAAUCCCAGUUUCUAAGACUUUUAAAAUAAUUUAUGAUACUGAUCUAUCUCUAUAUAUACAUAUUUUCUUUUUGAAAGAUUCCAUUAAAACUGAUAUGUAGUUUUCAAAUGAGGGUCUUGUACACAUACUGGAGCAUAUGAGAUCUAAGGAUCUUUGAGUUUGAGCAUAUCCGUGAAAGGGAUUUUUGAAGGACAAUUCAAUUGUUCCAUGGUAAAUUUUCCCUUCUCUGCCUUCUGAGCACCAUCUUUAAUUUUAAUAUCAUUAAGUCUUGAAGAAGUUAAUGCCAAUUGAAGAUUCACUUGUCUGGUUGAAAUAAAGCCCGUUUUUGUUGUGA